AUGGAUUUAGAAGAAAUAGAAUCAAACAAUGAAGUUACUGAAGGUCAGGCAGAACCAGAAGUACCAGUAUUAGCUCAAAAGAAACCUAAAAACUUAAAAUAUAAAAAUAAUUUUCAAAACAGAGAUAAAAAUAGCAGUGAUCUGAAGAAAUUGUUUAGAGCAAUCAAAAAUGCUAGAAAAUCAGAUUUAUCAGUAUUCCACUCUGAUGAUGAAGAUAAUGAAAAAAAAAUACAGGACUUGGCAACUGAUGAUUCAAAUCAUAAAGUGUUUAUUACAUUCGAUAACCCAAAUCCCCAGAUGAGGGUUAGAAAAUUAGCAAAAAUGUUAACUAUACUUGUUCCUAAUUCUGAUAGAAUUUUUCAUAGUUAUUUUUCUAUAAAACAAAUAAUUCAAGCUGCUACAAUUAAAGGAUAUGCAUAUUUGAUAAUAUUAAAAGAAGAUAAAGGUUUUAUAAGUGAACCAAAUGGUCUAACUCUUAUCGAUUUAGCUGAUAAAACAGAAGCAAAUUUCAUUUUAAGUGAUUUUGAAUUUCCAAACAAAAUGCAUCACAAAGAAUUUACUAAACUUAGAAGAGGACUAACCAUAAUAAAUUUUACAACAAGAUCAGAUAAAGUUUUAGCACGUAUGUUAAGAGCAGUGUUUCAUCAAGAUUUAAAAUUUAAAGGCAAACAUGUUGUGGCAGUAUUUAAAAAAAGAAAUAAAAUAAUUUUCAGGCAUUACAAAUAUAGGAUUUUGAAUAAUAAAUCAUAUUUCAGAGAAUUAGGACCUAGAUUUACACUGAAAUUACUCGGAAAAAUGGGUUGA